AUGGACGGCUCAGGCGAUAGAGACACCGCUCGGUAUACCGAGACGCCCGAACCUCCAGAUCCGAUGGAUAUUGACAAAAAUCUGAAGAGAACACGAGACGAUAAUUACGAAGAAUCUGUAGAACAACUCACAAAUGCCAAAAAGCACAACAGACAGGAAGGAAUUCCUCCCCAAAGAAAAAAUGCUGAACACGGUAAGCCUGCAGACAAAGACAGUACGACGCAUGCGCGUCCUGAAAAUCCAGGAUAUUCAAACGCACACAAAGGCCCAUUUCACGUUUGGGUCAAAUACAGUCUCUCGACUGAUAAGCCUUUCGACAUCUACAAAAUAGGAAAGAUUGUUGCAAAUAAAUACCGCACGGUAAUUGAGGUUAAAAGAGACGGUAGGUCCAAGGGCCUAAUUAUUUUCCGCGACAGAGAGGAAGCCAGUCGUUCUUUAAACGACACUGCAUUUAAUGAUAAUGGUCUUUCUACUUUUAUACCAGGCUUUAAAAAAAUCCGAAAAGGUGUCUUGAAAGGAAUCCCAGUCGACUACGAUACAAAGGAGCUACACGGCGCAAUCGAAUGUGAGAGCAAAGUCAUAGAAGUCACAAGGCUAAAUACAAGGAACAGACAAGCUACAAAUGACGAUGACAAGUGGCUGCCUACAACAUCUGUGUUGGUCAGCUUUGAAACUGGCUCCCUGCCCGCUGAAGUUAAAAUCUACAAUGUCAUCACAAAAGUGACACCUUACGUGAGGAAAGUCAUGCAGUGCCUGAAUUGUUUCAAAUUCGGCCACUAUGCAAACAAGUGUCGAGGCAAAAAAAGGUGCUCCAUGUGCGGUGAGACCGAUCACCCAAACGAAGCUUGUCAAGGUCUUUUUCCUAGAUGUGCCAACUAUAAGGAAUCACACAAAUCCAACAACAGAGACUGUAAGAUUUUCAAAAUGCACGCUUUCGUUAAUGAAAAAAUGGCUUUUGAAAAUAUAUCUUACUACGAGGCGAAACAAUUAGUUUUUGGUUCUCCUACAGGUCCUUUGAACACAAAAGAAUCUUUUCCUGGUCUGGCCAGGAAAGUCAACGCUAAGAAAUCCUUUGCUUCCACUGCUAGGAUCACCAAACCUCUGCCCGAAGAAAACCCAAGCACGAUGGGAAACUCAGCAUCAAGCGCUGAAGGCACAACAAAUUCCAAAUGUCGGUCAGUAGUUUCUGGAACAGAAACUCAAUCUCAAUAUUCUCAAUCAUCUCAAGACAUCGAACAUCAAGAACCAUUACAUCUAAAACAAACUUCACACCAGUCUCAACAACAGCAACAGCAACAACAAGAGGAUACCAAAGUACAACAACAGCAGUCACAGAAAACUAACAUUACGCAACCACAGCUACAAAGUCGUGAGAAUCAACCCCAGGAACCUUCAAUGACGGAUAAACUAAUACAUAGAUUUGAAAUCCCAAGAAACUCAAAGGAUUACGUAAAAACUUAUGGCAAAAAUUCUGUCAACCCUACGACAAACAAAACUCAAAUUCCUAAGAAAAAUGGAAAAAAAUAG